UAUCUCCGGUUGUUACAUCUUCUUCUCCGGCGAAUCUGAUACUCGGGUUUUCAUUUUCUAUUAGAAUUCAGGAACUUGAUAUCUGUUCUUCUCUGUUUUGUUUGAUCUUAUCUGGGUUCUUCCCAGAUUUCAUUUUCAUCCCAUGAAUCAAUCUGAAAACCUAGAUUACUGGAGGAGAUACUUUCGGAGUUCAAAUUUCGACUUAUUCUGCAUAAUUGAUCAAGCUAUUAAGUUGGUUUCAUUGGAUUGUCCAAAGGAGUUUAAAUUAAGACGAGAUGGGAUAGCAGAAACUUUGUUUUCUUGUCAUUUAGAACGAUGUAUAGGUUGUGAUGGUCUUGAAUAUUUGAGUCCCAAUGAAAAUGAUGAAUCUGUAACAACAACAACAACAAGAACAAUCCCUAUUGAGAAUGGUGUUAGUAAGGAAAACAAGAUUACAACUGGUAAAGAUGAUAAAACUAGGAGUUUUAGCUAUGGAGAAGCUGAAACAUUGACUGAUGAAAUUGAUAAAGAGAAUUUGAUUAUUAAGGAAGUCAUGAGGAUGAAGAUGAUUCUUGAUAACAGUUCAAAUGAGACUGAAUUUAAUGUAUUAAAUUCAUUGAAGAAACUCCAAUUGAUGGAUUUGUCUGUUGAUAUUCUGCAGACAACUGAGAUUGGGAAAUCGGUUAAUGUGACUAGGAAACAUCCAAAUAAGGAGAUUCAUAAUUUGGCGCGAAAGCUGAUAGAAGUGUGGAGGAAAAUGGUUGAUGGAUUGAUGCAUAUGACAACUACUUUCACGGAAGUUACUCCACAAUCUUGCAACCCCAAUGUGGUUAACGAGGAGGAAGAGGAGGACGAGGAAGAAGAAGGGUUGCCAGCUCCUCCAAUAGAUGACUUUGUGUUCCUACGAACAUAUACAUCGACUAUGGAGUUAUCCAAUUUCUUCGAUGAAAUUGAUGAAGAUGGAAAUAUUGCUGAAUUACAACCGACCAACCAUUUUAAUACAAUAAGGAAACCAGGCCAAACUCUUCAUAAGCGUAAGGAACAAGUUGAAGUUGAGAUAGUACAAGAGAAGAAAGAAAAAGUCUUGAUAAAGAAACCGAAUUUCAUCAUUAAGCAACAAAAGAAGUCUUCAAUUUCUAUGGAAUCGGAAUCACAACUUGAUAGGAAAUCUACAACCAUGCUCGACGAUAGAAAGCUCGAGAGCACUAAGAGGAGGCCCUAUCAAGAAAAUGACGAGUUUACUUUCUUGCAGCCAAGAAACGGCGAACAGGACAUGCCAUGGAAAUGCAAGAUCUUCCUAAACGAGGAGGGACGGGACAAAGAAGUUCGCAUUUGAAGCCUGACGAUUCUAAGGCUAAGAAUGGCCGGAGAUAGCAAAAUGUAGGCACAUUGUGUCUUAGUUGAGUUUAAUGGAGAUCUUUAAGUUAACUAACUCCUUUGUGCAUUAUCCUUGACUUAUUUUCAUUUUUUUUGUGAUGGUCAUAAGACAUUAUUUC